GUGUACAACCGAAUCGCCAGCUGCGUCAGCGCCAGGUCUGCCCGUCCGUGGGAUUUCGACGUCUCUUCCGUCUUCGCCCACAUCGACGCAUUUCUGCAGAGGUGCCGCGACCUGCUGGAGGUAUGCGAGGCGCAGCUGCAAUUUGCGCCAAAGGAGGAGCUUCCCGUCUUCGGGGGCCUGAGGGGCCCGGAAAUUGAGAAGAACAUUCUGGACAUUCAGGUGUCCUUCAAGGGCCUGGUGGUUGGGCUCCAAGGCCUGACAUACGAUAUCCUGGACGUCAAGGCCACCCGCUGGCACGACGACUUCAACACCUUCAAGACGGGCGCCAAGGACCUCGAGGUCAUGCUCACCAAUCUCAUCCAAUUCGCCCUGGAGGCGGUGUCCUCCCUCCCCUACCGCAUCGAGCUCCUGGAGGCCUUCCAAUCCAUGGCGAAAAGGGACUCCAUAAGGCGCUGCGUCGAGAAGAAGACGUCGGAGUUCUAUUCAAUCUUCAUGGGGGAGAUCAACGUGGUGAAAAAGCAGUUCGACGUCAUCAGGAGGUCUCCGCCCAAGACGCCGUUUCUACCACAAUACGCAGGGCCCGCCAUGUGA